AUGGAGUCAGCGCCCAUUGCAGAGGAUGCGCAACACCACUAUGCCAAGGGUCUUCCAUUUGGAAAGAAGGUUCUGCUGAAGUCCGAAAACGGCACGAUUAGGCAAAAGUUUGGGAAUAUCGCAAAAGCAAUUGAGAGCUGGCGGCAUGGCGAAACCGUGUUCAUUCCGAGGGGUGUGUAUAAGGAGAGCAUUCAGAUUAUGGCACUCUUUCACGACGGCAUAUGUAUUGUGGACUGCAUCAUCUAUGGGCGGGGGAAGCUCUCAGCAGUCGGUGUAUAUCUUGAUGGGUCCGCUGAAGAAGUUGAGGGGACUGCAAACUUGAAGAGUACUGCAACCAUCAAAGGAAACAUCAUAUACGGGGCACACGGCGGUGGUGUCUUCGUACGAGAAGAGGGGCACGCCAUUCUUGACUCCAAUCGGAUUCUCAGGGGUGGUGGCGAUGGGGUCGAAGUGCGCACGCGGGGCAUGUGUGUCUUGAAGAACAAUGAGAUCACCAACUGCAGCAGCGGUGUGUACAUCAGCGAAGGAGGCACAGCCACGAUGGUCUCUAACAACAUACACCACAAUCAUCGUGAUGGGGUGCGUCUUGCUGGGCCCUGUCGGGGCACCCUCAGCAAGAACCACAUCCAUCACAACAAAGAGCACGGAAUUGCCAUGCGCGCCUGGCUCCCACCGCCGGGACUUGGGGUGCGACACAAGAAAGGGCCUGUCUGUGCGCUUGUGCAGGAGAACACAGUCGAGGCCAAUGACAACUUGGGGAUCCGCGUCGCUGGCAGUGUGUGCAAAACAACUGUGGAAGUAAAGAAGAAUAGACUUGUUGGCAAUUCUCCGGGAGGUAUCUUGGUCGAGGACCGGGCCGAACCGCGUCUCACGCAAAACGAGCUCGAAGGCCACGAGAACGGGCUCCUGGUUGCCGGUUUGGCGAAACCGGUUGUCAAGGACAACACGUUUUCAGCUGUGGGUUUUACCGACGACAAGUGCCGGAUUGCAGCGCGCUUCUACGAGGGAAGCGCUGGAGAGUUUACCGGGAACAAAUUGACAACGUGCCACGUGGAGCUUGAGCAAGCGACCGACGUGUCGGGGCCCUGUCGGCCAGCGCUUGCAGAUAACAAGUAUCUUCUUCCAAACCGUGUGCUUCUGCGCUACUCGGGAGUGGCGAAACGAACUUCGGCUGAUGGUCUGUUCUUUGCAAGGAACCAUGUCUUGAUCGUUAGUUCCUCCGACGAAGAAACGUAUGCGCAGAACCAAACUAGAAACAUGGAAAGCAGCCAGUCGCCCAAAGCUAGGCGCUUGCGCUCUGCGAAGCGAACCGCGUCUGACGCAUUCAAGCGGUGA